AUGGCUCCGCUCCUCCCCCUCCUCCUCGCGCUCGCCGGCCUCGCCGUCGCCGCCGCCCAGCCCGGCCAGCCUUUCCCCCCGUUCCCGCAGCAGUCCACCGACGCCUCCGACGCGGCCGCCCUGCUCGCGGUGUUCCAGCGGUGGGGUCUCCGGUACGGCCCGACGGUGAACCCGGGGGACCCGUGCGGGACGCGGGACUGGAUCGAGUCCUUCGCGCAGAACGCGUCCGUCGGCUGCAGCUGCGACGGCUCGCCCGUGUGCCGCAUCACGCACCUGAACGUCACCGGAUACUGGAAUCUGACCGAGAUCCCGCCAGAGCUCUUCAACUUGACGGAGCUGGUCUCUCUGGAUUUGAGCAAUAACAAUUUAAGCGGCGCAAUACCUCCAGAAGUUGCCAAUCUCUCCAAACUGGAAACAUGGCACUUCAACAACAACCAACUAAGUGGACCUUUUCCUAAUGAAUCUUCACCUUUAAGGAAUCUUCAAUCCCUGUGGAUGUUUGAUAACUACAUUGAAGGGCUAUUUCCAGACUUUAUUGCGAACUUUACCAAUCUCACGGACUUGAGAAUAUAUGGGAUGAAACUUCAAGGACCUAUUCCAAAACAAUUCUCUAAUUUGAUCAAUCUGAAAUAUCUGAUGCUUGGUGAUCUUGAUGGUGCGAAUUCUACUAUUGAUUUCAUACCAGAUUCAGCAAAUCUUUCGAUAUUAUCUCUGAGAAAAUGUGGGAUCAUUGGCCAGUUCCCUAGUACUCCCCCAACUUUACCCAAUCUAACAUACCUAGAUUUGAGGUCAAACAAUCUAUCAGGCCAAUUACAACUACUGCUUCCGUAUAAGAGUUCAAGAUACCUGUACGCGGGUGACAAUGACUUUAGUGGACAUCUGCCUGCUGAAUUUAUUCAGCCAUCACUUGCUUUGGAUAUUUCCUAUAAUCCUUUUAUUAAUGGACUCCUUCCUAACAAUCCGACUGAUCGCAAGUUGUCAGUAAAUUAUAUUGGGACUGCAAUUGAUACAAGCAGAGCGAUUAACAGUGAAAACCUCACUCUCCUCAACUGUCUCCACAUGAAAGAAUGCAACAGAAAAUAUUAUGCUAAUGCUAUAACCUCCUUUGCUGUAAACUGUGGCGGCAAGCAAACAAUUUAUUCAGAUCCAUUGCCAAUUAGAUUUGACGAUGACACCACUGACCUUGGAGCAGCAGGUUUUCAUGUUAAUACUAGCAUGCAAUGGGUAGUUAGUCAUGUGGGUUCUGAUCCUUUUCGUGAGUCUCCUCGUUUUGUAAAUACAAGUCAAGUUAUUCUGGGAACAGACAUGCCUGAACUGUAUCAAACAGCAAGGACAUCAAGAAGUGCUUUGUGGUACUAUAUAGUUGGUUUGUCUAAUGGGAAAUACACAGUUCAACUCUUCUUCGCAGAGAUAGUUAUUGAAAAGCCAGGAAAGCGCCUAUUUAACAUUGAUAUUCAGGAUCGAAAUAUCAAGACAGAUUUCGACAUUACUAAGGAAGCAGGGGGGUUCAGAAGACCCACAAACAUAACUUACGAAGUGACAGUGGUUAACUCGGUACUUAAGAUACAUCUGCAUUGGAAUGGACGAGGCACAUGCUGUAUUCCAUAUGAAGGAGCUUAUGGGCCUCUGGUAUCAGCAAUAAGAGUUUUUCGCCCCGAAAGUCCGAACAACAGCCCCCCACCAGCACGGCCAGUGUCUGCGCCAAGUAAUGAUGACAAGCGAAGAGGAGUGGUUGCAGGCAUUGCAGCCCUGUGUAUAGCUGCGGCGGUGAUCUCUUCGUCCGUCGUUUACCUUUGGUGGAAAUGGGUUGCACUGGUAAAGCAUCCAAAUGCAUGA